UGAUGAUCAAGAGCAAGAUGAAGAUCCGUUCGGGUCAAAUUGGCGCUACUCUAGACCAUUUUUGUCUUGUAAAAGAAGUAAAAUGGAUCACGAAAGAGAGUGAUGAGCGCGCAAAGAUCCAAUCAUCUCAUCUUCUUAAGAGACGAGUGCGCGGAGAUCAGCAAUUGAAAAAUUGUGUUCUACUUUUCUACAGGAUUAACUGACUCUGUGGCAAGUUCCUUUAUUAAAAGAUACGCAGUGGGCAAGAGUAGGAAGUCCAAUCUAGAAGAGAGUAAGGAGAAUUCGUAGAAGGCAACUAUUGAUGUUCUUGCUCCCCUCAAUCAAACUAAACGGCAGGCCCCCCGUACGAAGCGAAUCUGAGCGCUUUUCCACCCAUGUAAGUUAAAGUUUGUUUUUUUUUUUAUGUAGAACUUUGCAGGUCUAAGAUUUGUAUUUUUGUUAUCUUUUUAUUGGUGGAAGUUUCCCGUUUGUGCGAUUUUCACAAGGCAUUCGUUUUAAAAGUUUUCUUUUGCUCCCGAGUACCAACUAACGUUUAUUUCCACCUGUUGUUUUUUCUUUUUUCUUGUGUCUCUUUGCCGGACGCAAUAAAUUCUAAGAAACGACAAACGAGAAACGCAACUCUAUUUCUCUGUGAAUAUUUCCCUUUGUCGACUUGCGGCUGAAAGCAUUGUUUUCUUAGUUCAGGAAGCGACCGUAUAUGAUAAGUUUUGUUUCUGAACAACUUCUUUGUGAAACACGCGGUGUCGGCUGUAACUAUUCACAUUGAUUACAGCUUACCUAGACUUAGAUCUCCUUCUCUCUCAAUAUUUGAGUGAUAUUGCAGAUCAUAAAAGAAAGAUGCCACCAAAGUUGAAGCUUGCGUCUCCGGAGCUGGAGGCCAUUGUCAGCAAUCCUGACAAUCAAGAGUGCGCCGAUUGCGAUGCCCGGGCCCCCCGAUGGGCGUCAGUGAAUCUUGGUUGUCUGGUAUGCAUCGACUGCGCCGGCAUUCAUCGACACUUGGGCGUCCACAUUUCAGUACUCACGAUCUUCGUGUUUGUUAAAAGUUUUUGACCAAGUUCUGCAGGAAGUAGAUUUCUAUUAAGUAGGUCAUCGACAGCCAUAAUCGGAAGUAAGAUACAUUAGUUGAAUAAAGGCAGUUCCGUCACCAGACGGCCUUCAACAACAUCUCCUAAAAAUGUUGAUCUCCUGACUUCCUCGAAAUCCGCCACACAGGUAAUGAAAAGCGUGACACUCGACAAGUGGCAGGCGAAGUGGCUUGAGACAGUGGGCCAGAUAGGCAAUCGACGAUCGAACAGCUAUUUUGAGUACUAUUUGAUAAUUGUUUUGAAUAUACGUGGGGACUUAAUCAGACCCUCUAGUACGUAUCAUGUGGGUAUGCUUCCCCAAAAUCAGAUUUCCAGUUUUAUUCCAGCAAAAGAAAUUUUGACGUCUUUAUUAACUUUCGUAUCUCCAGGUUUCGGCUACAAAAUGGAAAGAAGCCAACCGGCCAAAGCUCGAUGGAACAAAAGCGGUCGUUUAUCAUCGCAAAGUACGAGAGGAAAGAGUUCAUUCCAAGAGGGAAUGAGCCAUCACCGAGUGAGUUGCUUGCGCAGGGAAGGUCACCUGACGCGUACUUAAGCGGCAGCUCCGCUGGUGGCGGCGGUGCAACGAACGGAGGGGGUUUUAGUGGCUCCUCUGGCAAUACCGUGCAGCUAGCUGGCACCACCGCAGGGGGAAAGAUUCAAACCUCUCUCUCAGUAGCGAAGAACGCGGGCAGCGGAACGGCGAGCACGGCGUCUUCUAGUAAUAAUGCGACACCUCCCAUGAACCUCCUCGACGACGACUUUGGUUUCACGAGCACCAGUAACAGCAAUAGUGCUACUCCCGCAGCUUCAUCUUUCGACGCAGAUUUCGCGCCCUUUGCGUCUGGAAGCGGCAAUACAAGUUUAGAGGACAUGUUUAGUACCUCAGUUGGCGGCGGCAACGAUUUUACCGCGUUUGCCUCCUUCUCCGGCUCGUCUGCCCCAGCGACCGGCGCGGGAACAGCUUCAAAUGGUAACCCUUUUCCAGCAACAUCUUCAAUUAUGCCGCAAGUACCUAUGGGAGGCGGCGCAGCGACAUCUUCAUCCGCUAAUGGUGGUUUCGGCGACUUUGCGAGCGGCGCAGCAACGUCUUCAUCAUCACAGCCUGCGGCAAAAGCAGUUGACAAAUUUUCCUCAUUUAACGACAGCCUCGCGAAUUUGUACCAAAGUGGCACUGCGAACUCGAAUCGAGGUAACGUCGACGCGUUAGCUUCAAUGGGAGGCAUGAACAUGAAUAUGGGAGGUGCUCCUGGAGGCAUGGGCAACAUGAUGGCUGGUAACGGCUUUCCUGGCAGCAUGGGCGCAAGCGGCAUGAUGGGUGGCCCUAUGGGGGGCAGCCAGCCAAUGGGGAGUCAGCCGAUGAUGGGAGGCGGCCAGAAUCUGAUGAUGCAAGGCAAUAGCGCUCAAAGCAUAAUCAUGGGAGGAGUAGCAACAAGUGGUAGUUCUGGAGGCAACCCCUUUGCAAGUCCUCCUCCAGGAAUGAUAGCUGGUGGACAGCAGAUGCAGCAGAACGGUUUUGGUGGCGGAACGAUGAACGGCAUGGGAGGUGCCAUGAUGGGCAACAAUGGCAUGGGCUCCAUGGGCGGCGCAGGUGGCAACAUGAUGGGAAUGGGGAACAACGCUCCGAUGGGAAAUCCAUUUGGGCAGGCGCCCCAGCAAGUCGGAUUCCCUGGCGGCUUCAACAACGGCAAUAUGAUGGGUGGAGGCAACGGCCUCGGCAACGGCGGUGGUCAAAUGGGAAAUGGCAUGGUGGGCAAUGGCACUGGAAACAACAUGUUUGGCCAACAACCAGCGAUGCAGCAGGGCGGAAUGGGCGGGUUCAUGGCUGGCCCACAACAGGCGAAUGGGUUCGGAGCCAAGCCGGCGAAGGCAGGAGGCGGUCUUGAUGGUAUUGUCUAUUCUGUAGAUUGACUUCCAUCACAUUCUGAAGACUUUUAGCAGCGUGACAAAGGCUCUGUUCCAUCAGUGUUAAUGAAUCUCAUCGGUCGAUGUCAUUGGUUCUAAAGGAAUUGAGACCUGAUGCCAUGAUCUCGAAAUGAAAUUGAAGAAGAUCAAAAAUCUUUUGAAUUUCCCAGAUCUGAUUUCGGGCACGGUGACAUCGCAAUAUAUGAACCAGUUUCCGGGGACACCAAAGAGUACUUCACGUGUUCCCUCUGGAUUUAAUCAUGUUUUGCUGUGAUUUCGACGUCUCAUUGUUUCCUGAAGUUGGAGUAAUCAGACUUAGAGAUUCGUAGUUAGUAAGAGUAAAAAAGCGCUUAGAUGAGCUAGAACUUGCUUCCAACAUUUCCAUUGCAGAUAAGGCUAGCAAGUCGCCGACGGGAGGAGGCGCGGGUAGUCUGGCAGAUUUGGACCCGUUUUCUGUGAUGUAGCGGCUUCGGCUAUUUUGCGGCUAUUGAGGCGCAGGAGUUUCAUCUUGUUCGCGUUUGGCAAGCCGCCAGUUGGGCUUAGCCUCCAGCUCCGACAGCCAGGACCAUUACUGCCAGCAUGUUUUGUUGCCGACAACGGACGCCUAUGAAGGUCCAGCAGCAUCGAAUGUCGGGUAGCAGGUCGUGAUGUACGCGCGUUUGUCAGAAAAAAAUGGUUACCUCGUUAGGGCAAUGUACAGGUUGAUACCCUCGUCAUGAAGACUCAUAACUAUAUUAAUUGCCAAGUCGAUUGAAAUUUAUACGCUUUCGCGAGUAACUUAUGACACACAAAUAUACGCUUGCUUUGGGGAAUUGUUGUCGCUUCUCCUUCUUCUGUGCAUAACGUAGUUCUCUCCUACUCAUCCGAAGUAGGAAUGGUUGUGCUCUUCCGAAGAAGAAGGCGGCGUAAUUAUUACUUUGGGUCCGAGCUAUCAAAAUGGGAAAAUGGGUGCUGUUGUACCACAUUGCUGUCCACCAUGCUAUUGGGUUUGAAUUUGCUCAUCAUUACUUCCAACGACUAAAAAGAUGAUCAUGAUCACUUGAUUACACCUUGAUCACAACCUUGAAGAACCGAAUAAAAGACGUUGCUCAUUGCUCACCUCCUAGAAUUGCAGAUGG